AAAUAUCUACGAGUGGAUAUGGUUGGUUAGUUCCUCAGAAUCGAACACCAGAGCUAGAGUUCCCUCCCAGUCGCCAGUCGGCCAGUCCUACUCUCUCUCUCUUUUGCUCUGAUAGUCUGAACCACCCAUGACUUCUACGGUCUCAACAGCUUUGGAUCUUCGUUUUACCAUAUCUCUUCCAUCAGACUCAAAGAAACCCAGUUUCCUCUCCUCACCUCUCAGACUCUCUACAAAGAGGUUUACGGUUUUCUGCAAAUCUCCUUCCGAGAUAGCAGAGCCUCGCCAAAACCCAUCUCUCUCUGACCAAUUGAAACCCCUCUCUCUCACUCUCCUCUCUGACACCAAGGACCAGCAACCGCAGCCCACCCUCCUCUCAAAGCCGAAAUCUACUUGGGUUAACCCCUCCAAGCCCAAGCGCUCUGUCCUCUCUCUUCAACGCCAGAAACGUUCCUCUCACUCUUACAACCCUCAACUCAGAGACCUCAGGCUCUUCGCCAAGAAGCUCAAUGGCUGUGAACCUACCGAAGCCGCCUUCUCUGUUGCUCUAGAAGAAAUUCCACACCCACCCACUAGAGAAAAUGCCCUGUUAAUCCUCAACAGCUUGAAACCAUGGCAGAAAACCAUGCUUUUCUUCAAUUGGCUCAAGACCCAGAACCUUUUCCCCAUUGAAACAAUCUUCUACAACGUUGCUAUGAAGUCCCUGCGAUUCGGGAGGCAGUUUGAGCUCAUUGAGGAGCUUGCCCAAGAGAUGAUCAACAAUGAAGUUGAGCUUGACAACAUUACUUACUCUACCAUCAUAACUUGUGCCAAGAGGUGCAACCUUUUUGACAAGGCUGUGGAGUGGUUUGAGAGGAUGUACAAGACUGGUUUGAUGCCUGAUGAGGUUACUUACUCUGCUGUUUUAGAUGUUUAUGCCGAAUUGGGGAAGGUGGAGGAGGUUUUGAGCUUGUAUGAGAGGGGAAGGGCAAGCGGGUGGAAGCCUGACCCGAUUGCUUUCUCUGUUCUGGGGAAGAUGUUUGGGGAGGCUGGGGACUAUGAUGGCAUCAGGUAUGUCUUGCAGGAGAUGAAGACUCUGGGGGUUGCGCCCAAUUUGGUCGUUUACAAUACGCUGUUGGAAGCAAUGGGCAAGGCUGGAAAGCCGGGUCUGGCCAGAGCCCUGUUUGAGGAGAUGGUUGCGGCAGGUUUGACCCCAGAUGAGAAAACACUUACUGCUCUGGUUAAGAUUUAUGGGAAGGCGAGAUGGGGUCGGGAUGCUCUGCAGCUCUGGGAGCGGAUGAGAUCGAACAAGUGGCCGAUGGAUUUCAUUCUUUACAACACAUUGUUGAGCAUGUGUGCUGAUCUUGGAUUAGAGGAGGAAGCUGAGAGGCUGUUUGAGGAUAUGAAACAAUCAGAGCAAUGUAGUCCGGAUAGCUGGAGCUACACAGCGAUGCUUAAUAUAUAUGGCAGUGCGGGUAAGGUUGAUAAGGCGAUCGAAUUGUUUGAGGAAAUGUCGGAGUCAAGUGUGAAGCUCAAUGUGAUGGGAUGUACUUGUUUAAUACAGUGCCUCGGGAGAGCCAAGAGAAUCGAUGAUGUUGUGAGGGUGUUUGGGAUCUCAAUUGGUAGAGGGAUUAAGCCUGAUGACCGUCUUUGUGGGUGCUUGCUGUCUGUUGUGUCUUUCUGUGAGGAAGAUGAGGAUGUGGACAAGGUUCUUUCUUGCUUAGAGAAGGCUAAUGCCAAGUUGGUUGCAUUUGUUAAACUGCUUAGAGAUGAGGAAGCUAACUUUGAUAAAAUCAAACAAGAUCUACGUAUGAUACUCAAUGAAGCUGUGGUCGAAGCCCGUAGACCUUUCUGUAAUUGCCUGAUUGAUAUAUGCCGGAACCGGAAUCUCCAUGAGAGGGCCCAUGAGCUGCUAUACUUGGGCACUCUUUAUGGGUUGUACCCUGGUUUGCAUAACAAGACUGAAGAUGAGUGGUCAUUGAACCUUAGGUCACUAUCCGUGGGUGCAGCCUACACUGCUUUUGAAGAGUGGAUGGGGAGUCUUUCUAAAAUCAUGGAGCGUCAAGAGGCACUGCCAGAAGUGUUCUCUGCUUAUACUGGUUCAGGGACUCACAAGUUCUCUCAGGGACUUGCUAGCACUUUCGCUUCCCAUUUGGAGAAAUUAGCUGCUCCAUUUACGCAAAGUGAAGAGAAAGCUGGAUGUUUUGUGGCUACUCGAGAUGAUUUGGUAUCAUGGGUGCAAUCCAGGGUUCCGCCUCCAGCUGUUGGUGCAUAAUAAUAUACACAGGAACAGGAGCACCAUCUUCAACUGAAGCUUAUACUGUUGUGACUACCUGUAAACUUUUCCGCUAUUUGUGUUUGCAGUUUUGGGGUUCAACCAUGAAUCCUAUCAUCUGUUUACUCUUGUAUUUGUUGAAUUAUUUAAUUCUACCUUUUAAACGAUCUUAUCUAUUAUCGCUAA